CGCAAAACGAAUAAAAGGCGUGCGCCGCAACCUGCGCGUGGGCUUAUCUCGACCAGCCACGCACCGAUGAACAUGUGGCAAUAAACGUCGCUUCGCCCCUGGAAACUUGUCUGCUCCUUCGCAUGAACCACGCAACACAACAACUGGUGACGAGGAUGGGAUUUGAAGACGUCGUUCUUCAGUUUGGAAGGCAAGUGUUUCCGAAAUUCACUCGGUGAAGAAGACUGUCUUUUUGCAGUUUACGGAGCCUGUGACUGUCAUCAUGACUGGGGCCGAGGCAGCAGUGACGCACUUCGCUGGGCGACUGGGCCAGCUGGAACCUUUUGACGAGUCCGCCAGCGAUUGGGCUUCGUACGAAGAGCGGCUUACGUCGUUACUGAUUGUAAACCGAGUACCCGACGGCGACAAGGUACACGCCUUUUUGAGCAUUAUCGGUCCGAAGACCUACGGGUUGUUGAAGUCAUUAACAGCUCCCGAACUGCCUUCUACGAAGAGUUUCGAAGACCUCAAGAAAGUUUUGAGCGACCACCUGUCCUCGAAGCCGUCCGUCAUUGGAGAACGGGCCAAGUUUCACCGGAGGUGUCAACGAGAAGGCGAGUCCUUAUCUAGUUAUGUUGCCGAGCUUCGUAAACUGUCGCAAACGUGCGAGUUUGGAAGCGCCCUUGACGAGUCCCUUCGGGACCGCUUCGUGUGCGGCCUGCUACGAGAAGACAUUCAGCGAGUGCUUUUCACGGAAGAUAGCAAGCUUACGUUCCAGAAAGCGGUGGAGCGAGCUCUGGCAAUGGAAGCGGCUAAGAAGAGUGCUGCUGAGGCACGCGGCACCGACGCCGCAGUCGGCGAUGUGCACAAGGUGCAACCAGAGACGCAGAAAACAUGCAAAAGCUGCUUUCGCUGUGGUUCGCCAAAACACACGAGUGAAGCAUGCCCUCACUUGGACGCAACUUGUUUCAGUUGCAGCAAAAAAGGGCAUAUCCAGAGAGCCUGCCGAAGCAGUGGUAAGACUUUUUCUAAGAAAAAGCAGACGAAAAAGAAUGUGAAGAUGCUGACGGUUGUGUCGCGGAAAGCUUCGACCCUCAGUCUAAACGGCGUGUCGGCAGCUCAGAGCGACCCUGUCACCGUGCAGAUGACCAUCGACGGCGUCUUGGUGAACAUGGAGCUAGACACGGGAGCGGCUGUUUCCGUCAUGUCAAAGACGCAGUUCCGUCAGCUCUUUCCUUCGGCUGUAGUGGAGCCUACGACAGUUAAACUUCGUACCUACACAGGAGCACUGGUACGACCCCAGGGAGUCUCGUCGGUCAACGUGCAGCACGGCGACCAUUCUGCAAUUCUCCCACUCUACGUCGUAGACCACAAGGGACCACCUCUACUGGGCCGGGAGUGGCUGCACGCCGUCCGGCUGGAGUGGGCGAAAAUCUGGAACCUGAACAACAUUACAAGGACCUUUGCUACCUCGGACACAGAAUCAGCGCACAAGGCAUAUCGGCAACGACGGAGAAGGUUGACGCACUCCUCAAGGCUCCAGCCCCUAAAGACAGGCAGCAGCUGCAGUCGUUCCUGGGAGUCGUCAAUUUCUACGGCAAGUUCCUUCCUAACCUAGCAACGGUGGCGCAACCAUUUUUCAGGUUGCUAUGUAAAAACGCCACGUGGUGCUGGGAUGAGUGUUGCCAGGAAGCGUUCACCAAGAUAAAGAACUUGCUAGCCUCUCCACCAACUUUGGCGCACUACGACCCGUGCAAACCAUUGCAGCUAUCAUGCGACGCAUCGCACUAUGGUUUAGGCGCGGUUCUUUCUCAUGUUUUAGAUGAUGGCAGCACGAAGCCAAUCGCUUUCGCAUCGCGUACCUUGACCGAUGCCGAAAAGAAAUACAGCCAGCUCGAGAAAGAGGCCCUUGCAAUAAUUUUUGGUGCUAAGAAGUUUCAUUUCUACGUUUACGGUCAUUCGUUCACAUUAGUCACCGACCAUAAACCGCUUCAAACCAUCUUGGGCCCAACAACCGGCAUUCCGACAAUCGCAGCAGCGCGUUUGCAGCGAUGGGCUGUCACAUUGUCCGCUUACCGGUAUUCGCUUAUCUUCAGAAAAUCAAGCGAGAAUGCUGAAGCCGAUUUCUGCUCGCGCCUGCCGCUAUCAAUUGUGAAAGACGAAACACAAGAAAGAGAGGAAACUUUUUAUUCAUUGCGGUUGCAAUCAAUGCCAGUUUCAAGCCAGGACAUUGCUCGAACAACAGCUCGGGACCCCUUGCUUUGUAAAGUGAUAGAUUGCAUAAAUGUGGGGUGGCCGGCGUCUGUGACUGAAAACGAUUUGAAGCCUUUUUUUGACAGACGCAACGAGCUCACAGUUCACCAAGACUGCAUCAUGUUCGGGAUGCGAGUGAUCGUGCCGGCAAAGUUGCGCAACUUGCUGCUGGACGAACUCCACGAAGGGCACCCAGGCACCGUGCGCAGCAAGCAACUGGCGCGCAGCUACGUGUGGUGGCCGUCCAUCGAGGCGGACCUCGAGCAUCGUGUCAAGGCCUGCGUAAGUUGUCAAGAACAACGUUGCGAGCCAUGCAAAGCGCCCCUGCAUCCUUGGUCUUGGCCGACA